UGGGAGAAAAUAGAGAUAAAGUAAAGCCUCUUAAAGAAUUUGAAACGAGUGGCCGUUGGAACUCCCAACUUCAAAAACCCAACUUGAAUGCAACACCACUCUGAAAUUUAAAUCUUCUUCUUCAUCUUCUUCUUCAUCAUCUUCUUCUUGUCUCUUCUACCGAGAGAAACAAAGAUUCUAUACAAGUUUCAUAGAGAGAGAGAGAGAUGACAGGGUUAGUAAUGGUGACGAAGGGAGUGGGCUGCGGUGGUGGGAAGGGAGAGAGAGGAGCAAGGAGUAACGAUGAAGAGCAGAACCAGCUCUCAGUAAUGGCGCUUCUGUUAGCUGCUCUGAGAAAAUCAAUGGUGUCUUGUCGUGUUGACAGAGCGGAUCAUGACGUAAUCUCCGCCGUUCAUCACAUGGAAAUCGGGUGGCCGACUAACGUACGCCACAUAACUCAUGUGACUUUCGAUCGGUUCAAUGGCUUCCUAGGUCUUCCUGUUGAGUUCCAGGUCGAGGUCCCUUGCCGAGUCCCCAGUGCUAGUGCCAGUGUGUUUGGAGUAUCAGCAGAAUCAAUGCAAUGUUCUUAUGAUUCAAGAGGAAAUAGUGUGCCUACAAUUCUCUUGUUAAUGCAGGAGAGAUUAUACUCACAAGGAGGCCUAAAGGCAGAAGGGAUUUUUAGGAUAAACCCAGAGAAUAGUCAGGAGGAGUAUGUGAGAAACCAGCUUAACAGGGGCUUGGUGCCUGAAAACAUUGACGUGCAUUGUUUGGCUGGGCUUAUAAAAGCCUGGUUCCGGGAACUUCCUUCAGGAGUUCUUGAUGGGCUUUCGCCUGAGCAAGUUCUUCAGUGCAACACUGAGGAGGAAUCUGUUGAGCUUGUGAAACAGCUAAAGCCAACAGAGGCUGCUUUGCUUAAUUGGGCUGUUGAUCUAAUGGCUGAUGUUGUUGAAGAAGAGGAAUCUAACAAAAUGAAUGCAAGGAACAUUGCCAUGGUUUUUGCACCAAAUAUGACUCAGAUGUCUGAUCCAUUGACGGCUCUUAUGCACGCGGUCCAAGUGAUGAACUUGCUAAAGACCCUGAUCACUAAAGCAUCGAGAGAAAGAGACGAGACGACAACCGGAGGAUAUUCACCCAUGUCAUUCCAUUCAUCUGAUCGUCAGAGUGACGAGGAAUUUGACAGUCACCAAGAUAUGGAUACCAGCUGCGAAUUGAGAGGGCCAGCCUCAGAUUAUGAUGAUCAGCAGGCACAUUACAGCCACAGCAAUGAAGAUGAUGAUGAUGAUGAUGGUAAUGACGUUGAGUCAUUAACCGAGGUAGAAGGAUGCUUCUUGAAACCAUUAGACAAGAGUAAUGAUGUUAAUCCUAGUGAUUUCUUGGAGGAAUCUGCAGAAAUCAGUGAUUUACAUAAAAACCAUGGCAGUUCUCCAAGUUGGUCCGCCAUUAACGCGGAGUCUAGCAGCAUUUCAUUCACUGAUUACAGCAAGACCAGGAAUUCAAGCUUGAGCACAAGCGAUGAAGAGGUCUCCGGAGCAAGUUUCAUCAUGGCUUUUAGAUGCAAGGUUGAUGGAGAGAGUCCAUCAAAAGUUUGUGAAGACAAGGAUGAGGAUAACUUGCAGAAUAUGAUAGUAGUAGAUGAGUUAACGGAAUCCAUUUGACAUCUAAACUUGAUCACUUUACAUCUAAUUUUAAUCUGUCUGAUCAGGGUUUUAGUUUCUUCUUCUUCUUCUUCUUCUUCUUCUUCCUCAAGGUGUUGUUAGGGGGAAAAAAACACCGGUGUGUUUGCAGGGUUUUGGUUUGCCCUCAAGAACAUCAUUAAUGGUGACUUCUGUAUAUGGGUAGGGAGAGUUUGUCGUUGCUUGAAUGUGGGAUUUGUAAGAGCCAUGAUUCAGCAAGGUGCUGAAGUCAUGUCAUGUUGUGUAGUUUUGUUCAAGUUGUGAAAGAUUUUUCUAACCUUGAACUUCAUUCAUCAUUGGUUUAGUGCCAUUUCCAUCCAUGUCAAAGGACUGAAGAAACAGUAUGGAUUGAUUUGUGGGGGAUUAUGAUCUACGUUGUCUGCUUGAUUUUCCUU